CCGGCGGCGGGCAGGUAGGGCGCAGGCGGGCGGGAGCCGCUGCCGCCCCUGAGGUGGCGGGCAGUUUAUUCUGAAGGCUGUCAUUGAAUUUGCAUGGAUUUGGAAGUUAAAGGAGUUGCUGCGUCCCCUCAAAGGCAGACUCAGCUGUCAUCAAUGGGGAAGAAAUGUCAGGGCUGGAGACCAGAUACACGGGCUACUCAUGGUCCUCGCCCACCAGAGGUGCCAUGCCUAGAUCUAGGGAGGCUGGGAGAUUCUGAUGAAGAGGAUGGAGACUCAUACAUACCAUACAGUGGAAGUUAUCCUCGUACAUGCCAUCUAGAUACAUCUUCAGAUUGGAGAGCAUCAUUACAAAUGCCAUAUGCACAGCAUCAUCAGGCUCAACAGUUUAAACAGGUGUCUAGAAAAUCUUGUCAGAAGAAAAUAGAGCAUUCGGUUUUGGAGCAGAAGACAAUACCAGAAAAUCUGCCAUCCCCAACAGACAGAUAUAAACUGAAGUAUCGUCAGUAUGAAGCAGAUAUGAAGGAAGAAUAUAAGCAGUAUUCUCAGAGAAUUGCAGAAAAGAAAAAAGACCACCUCCGGUGUCCAGAAGCUUCAAUAAAGGGUACGCAGCUUGAAGAUGGACAUAAUGACGAUCUUACAGCUCUUGAUGAGAAAGCUCUCCUGCAGCGAUGGUACACGAGCAAGCCCUGUAAUAUGCAGCACAGUAUAAGGAAAUCAGAAGCUGAGGAUGUUGCUGCAGAGAGGAGAAAACAGGCUGUCAUAGAACAAGUGAUGGUGGAUCAAUUAUCUAGAGCUGUUAUAAGUGACCCAGAGCAAUCCAUGUGUGUUGAUGUUUACAAGGAAGCUCAUGGACUUCUGGGACUUGGGACAGCACCAAUGCGUUUUAGAAAAAGAACGCUGCAUGAAACGAAAAUAAGGACUAAAUCAGGAUUAACUGAAAACAUGCUCUCUAACAAGCUACGCUUUGAUAGCAGGAUUAUAUCGAGAAAUGGUCGCGAUGCUUGUAGAGAGUUGAUUGGAUUUUUUUUUGCGUGCGACAGAUCCCUUACUGUGUACGAAUUUCGACAGUUUGGAAAUAAUAGAACAAAUGCCUUGCCUUUCAUUCAGAAGGGAGUUUAUCAACAUCAACGUGGACAAAAGAAGGGAAAAGCUUACGAUCUUAGUGACUUCUAUAUUGGAGCUAACCUAACUUUCCGAAGUGCUGAUCAUAACCUUCCAGAAAGUGUUAAGCAGAACCCAGUUCUCACUCUUCGUGUGAUGAGUAUUGACGAAGCAGCUAUGGAUUUUCUAAAAGCUUCUUCUAUGGAAUUCAGGCAAGAGCAUUCCAAGCAAGUGGUUGAUGACAGCAAAGUUUUCAAGAAGAUCCAAGGUAUGUUCAGAGAGACACUAAGUAAAAGAGGAGUUCGGGUUAUAACAGGCUUAGGAAAGUAUUUCCGACACGUAGACAAGAACAGAAAUGGUUUUCUCUCUCGGGCAGACUUUAAAGAAGCUCUAAAAGUAUUCCAUUUGGAAAUACCUGAAGGGGACUUUGAAUCCUUAUGGCUUAUUCUUGAUGAUUGCAAGAGUGAUAAGGUCGACUAUGGAGAAUUUACUCGUGCUGUAUUUGGAGAAACGAAUGAGUAUCGAAAAGCAUUUGUAAGAAAAGCUUAUAUGAAACUAGAUUUCAACAAAACCGGGAGUGUGCCUAUGGUAGAUAUCAGAAAAUGUUACUGUGCAAAGAAACAUCCUCUAGUAUUGUCAGGCAAAGCUGCUGAAGAAGAAAUUCAGUUGUCGUUUCUGGAAACAUUAGGAGAAUCCUGCAGCAAUCCCAAUGAAGUGGCCUAUUCUGAGUUUGAAGAUUAUUAUGAAGGAUUAAGUGUUGGAAUCAUGGAUGAUGAUGAUUUUGUUAAUAUCUUAAGGAAUUCUUGGGGAAUUUAGAGUGGAGGACGACAAAAAUGAAGAAGAGAUUUUAAACAAGGAGUGAGCUAAAUAAGGGAAGUUUUAGUCUUGAUGUGCAUUACUUCAUAAUUAGUGUCUUAAACUGAUUUCAGGGAAAUUUUAGAUGCUUUCAGAUUAUUACAUGGCAUAUAUCUUAGACUGUUGAGCUAUGCUAACCAAUUCUUUAAUAUAAAUACCGUUUAUUCCUUUUCAUCGGAAAUAAUAAAAGCUAUUCUUCAUACCAAAAGGCAUCAUUUACUUGAUAUUAGAAUUAAGUGGCCUAAUUUAAAAUAAGAGGGAAUUAGAAUACUAAAAUGCAUGAAGGGGUAUAUAUAUGCAAGACAAAAUUUAGUUUUAUGAUGCAUUGUGAAAAGCUUUAGAUUUUAUGGUGUAAAUAUCAGUGGUAGCUUUUCUUCAGAGUUUUCUUCUUAUAAAAAUAGUACAUUUAUUCAUAUAACAGUCUUUCUUGUUUCUUAGCCUGGUACUUAGCCUGAAAGAGAGCAGGUCGUCCUUUUCCAAUUUUGAGGAUGUCUGCAGUACUGGAAGUACAGAGAUGUUCACACCAAUUAGCCUUUGAACUAGUAUGCGGACCAUCUUGACUGAUCUUGUUGUCUCGUCUUGGUCAGGCUUCUAAAGCUAAGCAUUGAAUCCCAAAGGCUUUAACAAGCACACAUAUAUUUUGUAAUGCACUUCCUUUCCUGUAUUUUGCUAAGUGGCUUUCAAAACAAUUUACAUUUACAUUUCAUAUUUCUGUACUUUCUAUUGCUGUGAUUUUUUUUUUAACUAAAACUUAGCAAUGGUGUCCUUUGUCAAACUGAUACAUAACAUUUCCUAUCUACUCUGAAAGUAUAAAACAGGAAAGCGUAAGAAAAACCCUAAACAAAACAACAAAACCAAAACAACCACCUCUGUCACAACAAAAAUUAAACCAUGAAUUAAAAUGUUCCUUGCUACUUCAAAUAUUCAGCCAGAUAUGCUUUUCCAUGUAAUACAUCUUGUUAAUUCUGUAAAAUUCUUUGUGUUAAGAAAUAAAAAAUGUGUUAUUAAUUACAUAUAUAGAGAAAUAGAUAGCCUUUGGUUUCAAUAUACCUGUCACCAAAAUUAACUGUAAGUUGCACUGCAUUUCUUAAGCCUAUGCACUUAAAAUAUAUGUUUCCUCUGUG